AUGCUGCAGUCCCCGCCGAAGAGACGAAAGAUCGAUCCAAGUCUGUCGCAAACAAACAAUGGCACCACGAUCGAUACCGGACACCCGACAACUCCCAGACGAGCCUCCUACCUCUCUCCCACAAAAAGUUCCUUGGCACGUUCCCAUCCCCAUCUCCUCACUCGAUCUUCUCGUCGCGCAGUCACCGAGCCCAGGGGGAAGCUCUUGAGAGACGAGAUUUUGGGGAGGCAUGAUCACGUUUCCGUCGAAGUGCCCAAGACGGUAGCCCCGGUUGCCCGCAGUCGAAAUCUCGAAGUUUCACUCGACCUGUCCGCUACCAAGGCAAACGAAAACCCGUCGAAGGAAGAAUCUACUGUGUUGUCUGAGGAGUCCACGACCAAAAGAGUUGAUCAAGCUGCUGGCAACGAGCGCCCGGCGUUGAAGGAGCGUCAGCCUGCACAACGCACAACCUGGGAAACAAGUGGAUUCAGCGAAGAGCCUGCUUCACCAGCAAUCCUGCCUAAGCUGGUCCCAAGAAAAGAGACGGAUGCGAGACCUGUUUCGCGAGGCGGAAGUGGUGAACCUGAGUUGCCUCCCACGCCUGUUGAGCUGGGUCUCAGCCCUGCGCCUGAACGACCUCGUGGUCUGGCGUCGAGCAGUAGCCCCAGGAGCUCAAAGAUGAACAGCAAAUCAGGUAGAUGGAGAGCUGAAUCACGAGGGCCCGUUACGAGCAGCCCUCUCAAACCCAGAGCUCCCCCUGCUGUCGAGCCCUACGAUGUUGACGACGAGAACAUGGAUGAUGACGUACAAGAAGCACCAGAGAGUGAGCUUGGCGAGGCCCAAGGACACAAUGAGGCGAUGUCUGAACGGCGUGGAGAACAAGAAUCGGAUCUGGAAUCGCUGAAAAGAAGAUUACAGCAAUUAAAGAAGGAGAACGAGCAACUGCAGACAGCCAUUGAGGAUGACAAUAAUUUGAGCGAGGAAGCCGUUUCUAUUCUACAACAAUCGCUCGUUGAGGAUGCAGCUCUCCGAAGCUUUGGAGACCUCGGCGAUGGCGGCGAAAUGUCCUCUCACUUAACGUUGUUCGCCCCUGGUAACCUGCAACUGACCGCUCGAACGGAGACCAAGGUAAUCAGGGAUCGCACGAAGAUCAUCCACGUCUUGAAAAUCGAAGCACCGCCCCAGUGGCUUCCAGAUGCUUUUUCUUGCGUCUUCGAAGUGGUUGUAGACGCCAAACAUGCCCAAGUCGAACAUGUGGAACUGAAGGAGGUAAUGAGCAGAGCGCGCCUUACCAGGACAGCGAAGGGCGAGAUCUUCAAAUGGGUCAAUGACCGUUUGGAACAUCCUCUUCAUCGACUUGAUGUAGGCGGGCUGAUCUGGGGAAUAGGACGAUGGUUCAGUGCUGCCGUGGAACGUGCUCAAGUGUUCCAGUGGCUGGACAUCAAGUACAAUCGGUCCUCGUCCGACGAAAGUCAACGGAACGAGGAUGACAAAAACCAACAGUUGACUCAGGACAGAGCCAUUGAACUAGCACGAUACCUGGAGAUGACCCAAAUGGCGGCAGUUGACGCAGAAAUGACUGUUACCGCAGGCGGCAAGAAAUUCAGAAGGAAAGUCAUGCUCUCCUGGGGGAUUCAUCUCGAUUGGGCAGGUGGACUUUUGUCUGAAAUCCAGAUUUCUACCAGUGGAAUUCCGCAGAAAGCCGAGCCUGGGUUGAGGACGAUCUUCGCCAGCUUGAUCCCGACCUUGGGCGUCAAGGGGGCAUUUGAGAACAUAUGGACGCUGAUCCAUGGAGACGGCGAUGAAUUUGCAUUGGGCAGCACGUUGAAGGGCAAGAAAAAGGGAUGA